GCCAGACCAACAACCCGUGCGGUUUUCCUACCACUUUGGUAAGCAUGGCACAGCCCUCGGGGUCCUCCCGCCGCAGAAUCUCCAUCUUCGUUGUGAUCGGGACCGUGUUUGCCCUUUGCAUGUGCGGCCAAGUUGUCGUCUUUCACAACAUCUUCAGCGUUGUGUCGGAGGUGCAGCAAGAAAGCCCUCGAGCGCUCCUCCGCACGGCGGACUCGGUUGUAGCUCUCGCAUCGACGGCCCACUCGACGACGAACCCAGCACCUCCAGCCAAGCAGGACCCACCCCCUCACGUCACUUCAGAGCCUGCCACGUCAUUCUCGACAACGCCGCCAAAUUCUACGGAUUCUGAGCCUUCCGCCAGUCCCACAGCACAUUCGCCGCCAUGGACGGCCGCAGACGUGGCAUUCGAUCACGUUUUCAACGCGGACACCAAGGCGUUCCCGUCCAAAUUUGCAUCAGCCAGUCGUGGCAUCGUCAUGUGCGUGCACAAUGCGAUCGUGCCGAUGGGGGUGUCGCUCAUUCAGGAGCUUCGCGCCCUUGGCAACACAGACCCAAUCCAAGUCUACCACUGCCUCUCGAACGAGCUGUCGUCGAGCGCGUCGAAUGCGCUGCAUGGCCUGGACACCAACGUCGAAGUCGUUGACGUGUGCUCGAUCCUCGUCUCCUCCCAUGUGUUUUCAGACCAAGCGGUCGCGCGCCGCUUCCAGAACGUUUGGCUCAAGCCCGUCGCGCUCGUGUUUGCGCCAUUUCCCAGCGUGAUGCUCGUGGAUGCCGACGCGAUCUUCCUGCACGAUCCAGCCUUGCUCUGGGCGUCCUCGCCCGUCCGCUACACUGGCACCCUGUUCUUCUACGACCGCGUGUUGGACUUUAGUCAGUUCCUGAACCAGGACGUCGGCCCCGGCAAGACCUUUAUCGACGAUUUCUUUGACACGUUCCCGUACGACGCCGUCCAGUUGGAGCGGCCACCCGUCUCGAACACCAUGCGGCAGUCGAUGGUCUGGAACAAACACACUGCUCACGAGCAAGACUCGUCCGUCGUCGUGAUCGACAAGCGCCGCGCCGGGCCGCACGUUCUUCGCACGCUGUGGUACCUUGUCACAACCAAGCGAUUUCAAGACCAGAUCACGUUUUCCUGGGGAGACAAGGAAGCGUAUUGGCUCUCGUUUGAGCUGGCCAACGUCCCGUAUGCGUUUUCGCCGUGGAACUGCGCCGUGGUGUCGCUGCCGGACGACUUGACGCGCCACCCGUCGACAUUGUGUGGCAGUUUGGCGCAGUUCUGGCCCGAACUCGACACGAACGAAUUGUUUUUUGUCAACGGAAACGCUGUCGUGAACGUGCAUCGCAUGGGAGACGGUCAGCACACGAACUGGAGUGCCCGCGCCGACGAGCUCGUUGCAGCCAUCCCGUCGCACGUGACGCCACGUCAUGCGCGCCACCAGACGAGUCAAGAUCGUCAGGGUCUCGAUCAGACGUGUUUGAUUGAUGAAGGGGCCGAGGCCAUCUCGGCGGCGUUCCAUGCCGUGGCAGAGCGCCGCAUCCGACGUGGCCAGGCGGUAGCGGAAGCCAUGUCAUGGGAGUAGUUUGACAAAGCAUCGAGAACAUGCCGUCGAGACUUCUCGUUUUCUCGGUGUGCUAGCGACGAGUGUGAUUUCGUUUCCAGUUGGUUGUAUGUGCU